UAGUGCUUCAAUGAUCAACGAUGAUCUAGCUUCCGAUUUAGUGUCGAGGUUCAAUUUGCCGAUCCGUGUAUUAAUUUGUUUAAUAGAGAGUUCAUUGGUUUUAUGUUGUUGCGGUUUUUUUUCACGAUAGGUAGCUGUUUAGAGCAGUACGUUGGUCUCAUGCGGAAGUGAAGUUCUCAGGCAGGAAGAUUAUUGUGCAUAGAAUAACUACCUAGCUGUUGAAAAUGUGGUUCGCUGCGAUAUUCUUCGUUUUAAUUUUGGUCUUGCUGGCUUAUCUGGAUACGAGGAAACCGAAGAAUUAUCCGCCAGGUCCCGAAUGGCUUCCAAUAGUAGGCAGCAUGCUAAUGGUGAAAAAACUCCGCGAUCAAACCGGUUACCUAUACAGAGCGACAGCCGAAUUAGCUCGCAUGUACGGACCAAUAGUGGGCCUACGUGUAGGCAAAGACAGACAAGUAGUUUGUUUCGGAUACGAAGCCAUCAAAGAAAUGCUCACCAAGGAAGAACUGGACGGACGACCGCAAGGACCGUUCUACGAAACGAGAACAUGGGGAACACGAAGAGGACUUCUAUUAACCGACGAAGAGUUUUGGCAAGAACAACGUAGAUUCGUCAUGCGUCACUUGAGAGAAUUCGGUUUCGGAAAGAAAACCAUGUCCGAUCUCGUACAAACGGAAGCUGCAUCUUUAGUCGAAAUGUUCGAUCAAAAGCUCAAACUCGAGGCUGAUAAAAAAGGCGGUGUCGUUGUCCCGAUGCGAGAUGCUUUCAGCGUUUAUGUAUUGAAUACUUUGUGGUCCAUGUUGGCUAGCAUCAGAUACAGUCCCGAAGACAGAGAAUUGAAAAGUUUACAGUCUCUGUUGACCGAACUUUUUGCAAAUAUUGAUAUGGUUGGAGCGCUUUUCAGCCAGUUUCCGUUUUUACGUUACGUUGCUCCUGAGAAAUCUGGCUACAAAUCGUUUGUUAACAUUCAUGAAAAAGUUUGGAAGUUUCUCAAGGCUGAACUCGAUAAUCAUAAAGAUACUUUCCAACAAAAUUCUCCUCGUGAUUUGAUGGAUGUUUACAUACAGAUGUUGCACACUCAAAAUAAAGGAACAAGUUUUUCCGAAUCGCAACUUUUGGCCAUUUGCAUGGACAUGUUCAUGGCUGGAUCUGAGACUACAAGUAAAUCGCUCGGGUUCGGUUUUCUGUACAUGUUGUUAUAUCCCGAAGUACAACGUAAAGCUCAGGAAGAAAUCGACCGAGUGGUAGGCAGAGAGAGAAUGCCAACUUUGAACGAUCGUCCAAAUAUGCCUUAUGUGGAAUCGAUUGUAUUGGAAUCUGUACGAGUAUUCAUGGGUCGAACUUUCAGUAUCCCUCAUCGUGCUCUUCGCGAUACCACUCUGCAGGGUUAUCAUAUCCCCAAAGAUACUAUGGUGAUCGCUAAUUUCAACGGUGUCCUUAUGAAUAAGCGUUUCUGGGACGAUCCUGAUGUAUUCAGACCAGAUAGAUUUAUCGACGCCGAAGGCAAAGUUUUCGUACCGGAUAACUAUCUACCUUUCGGAUAUGGAAAACACAGAUGCAUGGGACAGACAUUAGCUCGUUCUAAUAUAUUCCUAUUCACUGCAUCUUUACUUCAAAAAUACAACUUCAGCGUUCCGUCAAACGAGGCACCUCCGAGCACCAAUGGCGUAGAUGGAGUGACCCCUUCGCCGGGAGAAUUCAACGCUUAUGUAACUUUGCGAUCGUAGAAAAACAAAAUGUUUCAAAAACAACUCGCCAUCAGAACUUUUCGUGCAGCUCUAGUCUUAAAAUAAAUUGCAGAUCAGCAUUUAGAUUUUUGAAGCCCUCGUUGUGGCGUUAUUUCUCGAAAAAUACGGCAUACUAGGGAAAUGUAAAUUUAGUCAAGAUUUUUGAUGAUUUAGAAAAUAUUAAUUUUUUCAGUAUUAUUAAGUUCUUAGUAGGUAUGUAAAUUUUCAAUGAUGAUGAUUCAAAAUUCAAAGGCCAAUUUCUCAAAAAAAAAACCAAUUUGAUCAAUUUUUCAUAAAAGGCUGAAAUAUUCGGUUUGUACACUACUUUCGCCCUUCAAAUCGAUUGGUGAUGGUUUCUAACCAUUCUAGAGUCUCCAGCAAAUUUUCAAAUUCUUCAGUUUUCAAAAAAAACCAACGCUCUCCCCUAUAGGCGCCUCUUCUCAAGGAACCACAGUCGAGCGAAGAAUUUGGAGGAUAUCUUCCAAACGUUCCUGGUAACGAGCGACCACGUGAUCAGCAGUAUAAGGAAAGAAAAAAAACAAAAGCCCACGAAAGAUAUCAACGAUCUACUGGUAGACAAUACCGCUGAUAACAAGGACCAGAAUGACGACGAUGAGAGCCACGUUGGCAACGAUAAGGAUCAGAAUGACGAAGAUGAUUAACGGGAUAGCGAAGACGAUGACCAGGAUGACGCCUGACGGCGAUGAAGACCAAGAAGACGACGACGAGGUGAGGACGCUCAGCUGCUCACAGCCCACUGUGUGCGGCAUCGUCACUUUUCAAGUUUGGAUUCAAACGAAAUUUUUAUCAUCGAAUAAAUAAAGUCUUACUUGGUACGAGUGCUUCUUGAACAUGGAUUUUCCAGGUUCAUUUUGGACUUUUUGUAUCUAUUUACUUACUUACUUUUAUACUUAUAAUAAUAAUAAUAAUAAUAAUAAUAAUU